AUGAUGAGAGGAGUUCAAGUAGGGAGAACUCGCCGGAGAUCGGGGAGGGGGAGGGGGAGAGGGAGAGGGUUAGGAGAAUCGUGAGAGGGAUGACCGAGGGCUCGAAUAGGAGCGAGAGCAGCAGCCCUAGGGCAGAGUGGCUCGGUGAGAGGGAGAGAGAGCGGGUGAGGUUGGUGAGGGAAUGGGUGCAAAUGGCGAGCCAGCAACAGAGAGAUGUUCGAAAUGGCGGAAAUGGAGGAGGAAGAAGAGAUGAUGAUGGGCAGCAACAGGAGAGUAUGAGGAGGGAUUUGUUGAGGGUGAGAGGACGGCAGGCGAGGUUGGAUUUGAUAAUGAGGAUUGUGCGGGAGAGGCAGAGGGAGCUUCAGGGGUUGUCGGAGCAUCGGGCUGUCUCGGAUUUCGCUCAUCGGAAUAGGAUUCAGUCAUUGCUCAGAGGAAGAUUUUUAAGAAAUGGAAGACCUGUUGAAGAAGAGAGGGCACCUUCAUUGGCAGCAAGAGAAUUAGGUCAGCUAAGACAACGACAACCGGUCUCUGCUUUGAGAUUGGAGAGUAUUGUUCGUGAUCAAGCAAAUUACCAACAUGAUACUUCAGUCAGAAGUAAUCUUAGUGGUUCCAGACACGAGGAAGCUCAGUCAAGUACAGCAGUUGAACCAUCAAAUGAGAACCAUGUGCAGCAUGUAACUAGGACAGAGAAUAAUGAUAUUCACCAAAUGACAGAGGAAGCAACAGUUGAAUUAGAAGGCAGCAUAUCUAAUGUUAUCACAGAUUGGCAGGAUUCGAGCACUCAAGGUGAAAAUUGGCAGGAAGAAGCUACCAUACAUGAAGAAAAUGACUGGCAACAGACAGCUAAUGAAAUUGGGUUUAGUGAAUGGCCUGAUGUGACUGAAGAAGAAUCUGAUGGAAACUGGCAGGAGAAUAUUGAUCAUGAAUGGGCCGCACCAGAAGUCGAAGAUGGAGAAGAUAGUCAUAUCUUAGAAGCAAAUGAGGAUUGGCAUGAGGAUAACUCUCAUGAGGAUGUCGAAAACUGGGAAGAUGGACCUUCAGAUCCUUCAAGAGACCAGCGAUCUAUUCCGCUCAGAAGAGUCAAUAGAUUUAUUCCACCUGACGAUGAUAAUGUGUACAGUAUGGAACUCAGGGAACUCUUAAGCAGGAGAAGUGUUUCUAAUCUUCUUCGCAGUGGGUUUCGAGAAAGCUUGGACCAGUUGAUACAGUCUUAUGUUCAACGACAGGGUCGUGCUCCUUUUGAUUGGGAUUUGCAAAGACCAUUGCCCUCUCCUGCUUCCCCAGAGGAAGAUCAGGUCUUUAGAGGAGAUCCUCUUAACCAGGAUCAGCAAGGGGUUCCAAGGCCUCCGCUUGUUCUUCCUUCUCCACCUGUGCCGCCCCCACAACCAUUGUGGAACUCAGGGCUGCAUCCUAAUAAUUGGACUCGUCAAAGCAUUCCUCGUUCAGACAUUGAAUGGGACAUUAUCAAUGAUUUAAGGGCUGAUAUGGCUAGGCUUCAGCAAGGGAUGAGUCACAUGCAGAGAAUGUUGGAGGCAUGCAUGGAUAUGCAACUAGAAUUGCAGCGAUCAGUUAGACAAGAAGUGUCUGCAGCAUUAAAUCGUUCUGCGGGAGGGAAAGGGACGGGUGAAGAGACAUCAGAGGAUGGAUCUAAAUGGGGAAAUGUGAGAAAAGGGACUUGUUGCAUCUGCUGUGACAAUCAGAUUGAUUCUCUUCUGUACAGGUGCGGGCAUAUGUGCACGUGCUCAAAAUGUGCUAACGAGAUGGUUCGAGGUGGAGGCAAGUGCCCUUUGUGCCGUGCACCCAUCGUUGAGGUUAUCCGAGCCUACUCUAUAUUGUAAAAAAGGACUAAAAUUGCUUUAGGUAGAAAAAUAUAGGGGGUUGAUCUGAGAGGGGCCUUAAUUUUUUGUUGGCAGGAAUUGCUUUGUUUAGGCCAUCCAGCCUCUGUUUAUAAUUGGCCGGUGGUUCUUUUACCUCUGGCGUUCUAAUUGUUUCUUUCUUUAGGGCCGUUAAAAUGUUUGUGAUGGGGACUGACAUAAUGUAACUUUCUUGUUUCAUUAAUUCCCUAAUAAAAAGCUUCUUAAUUGAAA